GGCUGGGCAGGAGCAGGAGCAGCACCACCACCAGCAGCAGCAGCAGCAGCACCUUCGUACAUAAUCGGCCACAUAUCGGAUGCUGAUAGAAGCACCUGUGGUGUGGCGCUGGAUUCAGUGACCGGGCGACUCUGCUGAGCAAUUCAAUUUGAGAGUUCAUUAGGAUGCUUCAGAUUCUUUAAGCUCAGGAUGCGUUAAGGGUUAAAGGUCAGCGAGUGAGGCAGAGAUGAGUCUGACUUCCUGGUUCCUGGUGAGCGGCGGGGGGACGCGGCAUCGUCUCCCCAGGGAGAUGAUCUUUGUGGGGAGGGACGACUGCGAGCUCAUGCUGCAGUCCCGCAGCGUGGACAAACAACACGCUGUCAUCAACUAUGAGCCGAACGCAGACGAACAUAAAGUGAAAGACCUGGGCAGCUUAAAUGGGACAUUUGUCAACGAUGUCAGGAUACAGGAGCAAAUCUAUGUCACACUGAAAAUUGAUGACAAAUUGAGGUUUGGCUACGAUACCAACCUGUUCACUGUGGUUCGAGGGGAGCUGCAUAUUCCAGAGGAGGCACUCAAGCAUGAGAAGUUGAGCAGCCAGCUCCAGCUGAACCAAAAAAAAAAACCUACAGAGGCGGAAUCGUUUAGACCAGAGGUGAAACCCACCGAGGCGGCGGCAGCAGCACCAGUAUGUGAGGGAGCCGCCGCCAGGCCCCCUGAAGAUAAGACAUCAGGGGAUGUAGCAGUGUUGCACAGAGGCACACCCCUCUAUGGCCAGCCUGCCUGGUGGGGAGAUGGAGAUGCUGAUGACCAGCAACCUGGGAGGCCUGAGGAAAAGAGCUCAGAUCGGAAGCGAGAAAAGGCUGAAACAGACACCAAGAAAAGUACAGAGGUCCCAAAGUCUGCACCGCAAACAGUUUCCAAUCAGGAGCCCAGCUACUUUGAGAUCCCAACCAAGGACACUCACUCAGCAGGUAAAGUGAGUGAUGAAGCAGCCUCACGAGAACAAGAUGCCAGUGCAGCUUCUGCUGCAGAGCCCACCCAUGGCCACGCAUCAUUCACUAUUGAGUUUGACCCUGGGGCAACAGGUAAAGUGACUGUCAAAGAUCGAGUGGCAAAGGUGGGACCAGAGACAAGGCCACGUCCUAAAAGGCCUGUAGGAGAGGAGCUCAGUCCACUUCAGACAGCCAUGGUAGCCGCGGAGGUCAAAGUUGCCGACUGGCUGGCCCAGAAUGAGCUGCCGUUGGCUCUGAAAGAUGCAGUUGCCGAGGAUGACGGGGAAAGUGUGAAGAGUGAUGUGCCUGUACAACUGAAGAGUCUUAAAGACAGUAAACAUGAGGACGGCACGCAGAGCGACUCAGAGAACACGCUUGGAGAGCAGCGCAGGGCUGCAGCGAUGGAGGAACGCUCCUGGGGACUUUGGGGCGGCGCAGGGAUGAAGAUCAGAGAAGGACGUGCUAACGUACCAGAGGGACUCUUCGCAGAGGAGGACAGUCCUGCUCGCCGUCGCAAGUCUUCCACUUCCAAAGUGGCAAGUGGAUUCGUGGAGAGGCAACGUGGCUCAGCACAACAUCAGCAGAGUGGCCGUGAUGAGUGCUAUCACCACGGGGAUGAUUAUAGUGACAGAGGGACCUAUACUAUUGAGCUGGAGAAUGGAGAUCAAGAAGAGGAAGAGGCGAGGAAAAUGAUUGACAAGGUGUUUGGUGUGGAUGAGCAGGACGCUGUGUGUGUGUCCAGGCUGGGUGGUGCUGACCAAAGAGAGAGGAUCACCUCCCAGAGGACCACUACUGGAGACAGAGGAAAGCCUGGACGCAUGGAGACAGAGGUUCUACCAGAGGAAUUGAUGGUGGGUGGUCCACGCUGGGUGUCACAGUGGGCUACUCUGGCUGCAAGUCAUAUUAGGACAGACCCUGAGGGAUCAGGAGGGGAGACACACAUCAUGGUCACAGAGGACAGAGCUGAAAUAAGUGAGUCCAGCCACUCAGCCUCUUUUGCCUCAUCUGGCUACACAGAGCGUAAGAGGAGAACCCUUCCCCAGCUGCCUGGCGAGGAGUUUGUCCUCGGAAGGAGGACCCCAGGUUCAGGCCUGCGUGUAGAUAUGGGGGAGAAACAGGACACAGAGCUACAGGAGAAGGAGAACCAGGAGGAGAAGACGGCCAGGGGAAAGAAUCGGCCUGCUCAUGGCACUGGAGGAGUAGGCAGUCACGGCGGUAGCCCAAGUCGCUCUUCACCAGCCAAGUCACAGGACAGUGGUGGCGGGAGAUCCAGCAAGUCAGGUGUGUUGGCCAAACUUCCCCCUCGUCCACUGACAAGUGGAGAGAAAAGAAUGGAGGAGGCACGGAGGAGGAAAAGGGAAGAGGAGAAGGCUCGGGAAAGUAGUGGAAAGCCAUUGUUGAGGCAGGAGAGUUUCACUGUGGAGAAACCAAGUUCCAAUGUACCCAUCGAGCUCAUACCUCGUAUCGAUGGGACGACACGCAGCAGAACUCAGAGUAGGGAGACUGGUAUUGACAGUACCAUAAUUCAGAAAGACUCGGAAGCUGUGGCAGCCUUUCUAGAGACAACUGUAUCAGACCAAGGUGAUCCACCAAGUCAGUCCAUUGAAGGCUCCAUGUCACCAGAGUCAGACGUGGACACGACCAGCACAGUAAGCCAGGCUGAUGGAGCAAGAAAGGUAGUCCAGAAACGUCGGACUCUUGCAGGACAGCAGAAAGAGAGAACGGUACUGUGCUCAUCUAGCAAAGGUCCUGCCGGGGCCAGAGAAACCCAGGACAGGAGGGUCAAGACCAGGGCAUCUGGUCCUCCACAGCCCAGCCGACCCUGGACUUCUCUGGACCUAACUGAUGAUGACGUCAACUCCAACUCACUCCUCUCUGACUCCCAGCCCACCUCUACACAGGAAUCUAAAAGCUCACAUACCAGAGCCCAGACUGGGAACACAACAGUGGGGGCUAGCACUAAGUCAAGUCGGGCCAAAAUCACCCAGGCCCCAGCCUCUUCUGCAACCAAUAAAACCACCAGUGUUCCCAAGCCCAGGCCCACCAGGGCUUCUCUGUUGAGGCGAGCCCGGCUUGGAGACUCAUCAGACACUGAACCUGCAGAUCUUGACCGGAUGUCAGUAGCCUCUGAGGCCUCCACAGCGAGUUCCACAUCCAGGACAGGGAUGGCAAGAAGGGGAAUGUCCAGGAUAGAGGCUCUGGCACAGCCAAGGAGGCCGAGGGUGGGUUCCCCAUCAGCCCAGAGUGACUCAGAGGCCACUGUGACAAGGAGUAGAGGUCUGGGGGCGCGCAGUGCAGCAGGUGAUUAUGCCAUCAGACAAGGACUAAGAGGAUCUAAUGUCACCGCAGUGUCUGGACCCAGAGCCAGGGCUAACAGUGCCUCCAAGCUGCCUGACAAGAAUAAAGGCACCUCCUCCUAUGGACAUGUCACACCUGCAUCUGGCUCUCGGUGGCGCCGUGUGCCUGUGGAUUAUGCUUCCACCUCAGAAGAUGAGUAUGGCUCAAACCGUCACAUAUCCAAGCAGGGUCACGCAAGACCAUUCCCUUCCACCCGGGUAGCCCAGCUAGGAGGUUCAGCCCCAGCAACUCCUAAUCCUACAGGCCUGGCUGCCUUGAAGCAGCACUCCAGGGAACAGGACGAGUAUAUGAGAGACUGGACAGCACACAGCGAGGAAAUAGCCAGGAUUAGCCAAGACCUAGCCAAAGACCUAGCCAUGCUUGCCAGAGAAAUUCAUGAUGUGGCAGGAGAGAUCGACUCAGUCAGCCCUGCAGCCACUGAUCCAGGAGCUCUGUUGGAGGAGCGUGUAUUUGAUGACAGCUUGGACAUGGGCGGCCCUACAGAACACAGCAGCAUUAUGGGAACCAAUGGGCGGCCUGUUGAGCUUCGACCCCGAGGCUCUAGUGGACAGAGCUCCCGCUCCAUCCGCAGACAGACAUGGAAUAGGGAUGAUGCGGUACUAGACAGUUUACUACUAGCAUCUGUGACUCAACUCUCCUCUCGGAUACGUCAGUCUGUUGACAAAACGACCUGCAAAAUCAGGAUCCUCUUCAAGGAUAAAGAACGGAAAUGGGAAGAGAUUGAGAAUAAACUGCAGGCAGAGCACGACUCCUUACUACUCAAGAGCUCUAACAAGGAGAUUUCAAGCAUUAUUCAAGACCUAAAGAGAGUGGAAAGACAACUGCUCGUAAUUGACAUGAUGGUGGACCCAGAUGGCACCCUGGAUGCCUUGUCCAAUCUGGGCCUGACCAGCCCUCUGACUGAUCAGAAGAUCAACCCCGGGACACAGCAGGGGGCAUCGGUGUUGCACCCUGGAGCUGGAGCUUCCUCCAGCACACUCUCAACCUCCAGGCCUGAAGGACAGGCCACUGAAUCCUGUGGACCUUCUGACCCUACAGAAGUGGCACAGCGAGAUCCAGGGCCUUAAGAAGAGCUCUAGAUCCUUCAACUGAUAUACAGAGGACAUUAUUCAGAAUGCAUCCCUUAUGUUGGACAUGAACAAUCCUUUAUGUCGGACUCCUGAAGCUCUUGGAAGCAGUGUGUGUGAGGUUAGACAAACGUUUAGUUUCACACAAGAGACUGCCCCAGCUGUCAGUCAAACUGACUCGUGAUAGGACUUUCCAAGUCCAACACUACCAAAUAGCAGUUGUUGGGACAUGAAACAUACAAUAUGAAAAUAUUACAGUAUUAUGGUGGGCUAGUGAAGAAACUAUGACAUUAUACAGUAACCCUUCUGUGUUUUUGUGUUGCAGCUCAUUCAUAUUGUCCAUUAUUCUGAAAAACAACAGGGUGUAAUGUUAAAGAUAAACUUGCCAUUUAAUUACAAGGCUUGAAAUUGUUUGAAUCAUAAGCUUGUCGGCUUAUGAUUAAGGCUAAGACUUAUACAAUAACCCAAACCAGAAAGGUGCAAUGGUGUCAAAGGAGGAUUCAGCAGAGGUGAAAGUGUUCUUGUAUCUUCCCAUAGACUUAUUUAUAAAAAGAAAUAUAUUGUUGGCCUGUUGCAAUCCCAAAACCUCUCUCAGAAAUGAUUUUCCAUGAGAAAAGGCCACGUUGCUUAUUUGCUGGGGAAAGAACUGGGUGUGUACAGUAUGUACCAACGUAAAUGUUUAUUAUAGUGAAAUCAAAAAGUCCCACCCAUGCCUUUUUUCUUUCUUGUGGCGAUGUCAUUUGAAAACAUUGUAUCAAAGAUAGGCCAUGUGUAUUAAUAGAAACUAUAAAAUCAAAUGUAGCUCCCAGAAAGAUUUUCCUCUUCCAAAUGUAUUUUGUCACAAGUGCCCUGGAUCAAACAAUCAUUACAGUUGGAGAUAAGAGAUGUUAGUGUAUAGGAGAUGGUGAGGAGAAAGUUUUUCCCCCUUUUUGCACAUUACAAAGCUUAAAUAUGUUAAUAUUCAUCUCAGAGGGACCAGGACAUGUGCCCCACGAUGCUCCUUUAUCAUUUAAAUGUCCUCGACCAAAAACAAAGCAGGUGAAAGCCAGCUGCCUGUAGAUGAGCGCUUUGUCAAAUGAUUUUCUGAUCACAAACAAAAUGUUGCGUUUGAACCAGCAUAGACGGGAGCUACCUCCGAGUCCUGCAGCUGUAUUUUACUGUCAACGAUGCAAUGGGGAGUGGACACUGUAAUGACUGUGGGUUUUCCAAUGUCUUGCCUCAUACCAAUGUUUACACAUGAAUGUAACCUGAUCAGAACUGUUGAAAAAAUUUUAGCCAAAACAACUUUAAUAAAGAUUAAUAAUUGCAUUUUGUCUUUGAUUCUGUUUGAGCAUUUGGAGACUAUUUUUUUUUGGUUUGGAUGUUUUGUAUGAAGUUUUUUUUUUCUUUGUAAUGAUGUUAGGUUAAAUGUUGACCUUGCAAUACCUGUGUAUUGUUUGUCUCAUUUCCAAUAAAAUGCAUGAUAAUCAUGA